GGAGAAUGUACCUUUUCAUUUACGAUUUUAGUGUGAUUUGAUUCUGUGAGGGCUACAGUUUUUCAGUCUUAUUCCCAGUUUUGUUAGCGAUUAUAAUUUGAUUAUAGCUGCUAGUGGUUUCAAUGACAACUUUUGACGAAAAAGAAAAUAUCAACAUGGAGGAGCCCGCGUCUAAGAAAUUUAGGUUUCUUCAACCUGAGAGCCGUGGAUCUCGUAGUAGUGAAUCUGUGUGUAGUAACAUGUCAUCAAGCACCAUUGAUACCAGUAGCUCUUCAUCAAGCAGCGGUUCUGCAGAAUUUGACAGAACAUUGACUGGGAACUCGGAGAGUUUAUUCCGCCCUGGUGAGCUAACGAAGGGAUCUGUUGAAGUUCCGAUACACUCGAAUAUGCUCUUUGUCAAUUUACCUCAAAGAAUCGUCAGUGCACUUGGACGUUAUGGUCGCAUUGGUGUACACAGCGAUGGCAGAAUGCAUGCAGUCCCUUUUGUACCGGAUGAAUUUGCAAACAUGGAACCACGUACCAGCGGGGGAAUCAAUCCUUUGCAGCGAAGAGUUUUGGAUGCUCUGGAAAAGUCAUCUGGAAGCACUAUAGAAAGAGAUGCGAGUGAUGACGAGUUUCCUGCUGAUUUGGAACUUGAAGCAAAUGAUGAUGAUGAUGAUGAUAAGGAGAACACUACGAUAGACAGUGAUAUCACUAGCAAAUCUCAAACUGAAUCCAUAGCCACAAUGUCUGCAUCUGCCUCUGAAUCUGGAACGGCAGAAGCGAACGAAUGUGCAUCCGGCGAUCAUGAUGAUGUUCUGCAAAAAGAAUUGCUUAGCGCAAUCGGACUGUCAGCGGGCCAAAUUGACAGGCUAUCCUCUGCUCCAGUGUGGGCUCCAAUGCCGAAGAAAAAAAGCCAAGUCGAAAAUGAUGAAUGCUCCGAGGAUGAGGGACAACCAUCCAGUGACAAUCCAGAAGAGAGGCAUUGGGAGGUUGCGGCAAUUCUUCGGCCUCAACUUGACAAAAAGGAUCCAACGAAAAAGGAAUACCUUGUUGUCUGGAAAGAUUGGCCGUGGCACGACCAAUGGAGUUUGUCGCCAGAGUGUUUCGACGGCGGUGAACAUCGCAUGGUUGCUGCUGAUACGCGAGAGCGCUUGGUUUCGCAAAUGGCGGCAUAUAUGCGGCACAAAGACAAGCAGGCAUUCGAUGAAAUGUUUCCAACAUUUGACCGUCGGCAUGAUUUCACGAGCUGGUACAGAGUGCAACUUCGCCUUAUCGAACAAUCGAUAAAUGACGAGCUCGAAGAUCUUGGAAUGGCGCCUAUCUAUGUAGAGAAUUGGACGAAGGACGAGCGGGCAUUGAUCAACGUUAAGUACUUGACCAGAUGCGCACUGUCUGUGCUAAACUAUCGCGAAGUGAAAGCUGUUGGUCGAUCUUUGCGUUUGCAGUAUCCAGAAGAUGGAGCAGGAUGUGACUGCAAGGACGGUGUUUGCACGCCCGCAUGUCCAUGCAUCAGAUUGAUGGGUCGAGAUCAGAUACGUAUGCGAAGUAGUGGUAGAGUGGAUGUGGACAAACUUGCCGAGGCAACGACGGUGGAAUGUGGUCCCACAUGCUCGUGCACUAUAGAGUGCCCAAGCAGAUUUGCUGAGAGGGGCCGCAAAGUUCCACUUGUGAUAAUGUACACAACUACUAAAGGUUGGAGUGUGUUUGCUCCGCAAAUUAUUCCAUCGGGAGCAUUUCUUGGAGUUUACACAGGCGAGAUAAUACCAUUGUGUAGCGCAAUAUCGCAAGGAAUGUCGACCAGUUAUCAGUUCACAAACAUCCACCAAAUACCAGGCACAAAACAGUACGUCGUUGACGCAUCCCGUAUGGGAAAUGAAACAAGGUAUUUCAACCAUGCCUGUGGAGAUGUAGCAAAUCUCAAAGCUGUCUCACUUCUUUCACGAGGGAAUCUGCUGACUAACAACAUGCUUUUCUUCACGAAACGAAUGAUUUCCAAAGGCGAGGAACUUACAUUCUCCUACCGCGGAAAGGACAUGGAAGAACAGAAAAGUGGCAUUCGGUGCCUAUGUACACCUGGAUGCCAGAAUCGUUUGUGAACGACGACUCUAUCAACCAUGUUAUCCCUUAUUUAUUCUAUUUUUGUUAUUGAUGGCUAGGAAACAAUGCAGCUUUAUCGAACAAGUCAAUGGAUCUCCGCUCAUUCAGUGCAAAGAGUACCGCUGAGUAAUUUGACUGCAGUGAACUUUAACUUAUCGUGCUGGGAUGAGCAACAAUAAUGGCACACGCUUAGGCUAUCUCAGUUAAUCUAUGAGAGAUUGUUCGAUCACAGUUUAUUAUCAGUGUAUGCAUUUUUGUGUUCCUCAUUGGUACCCUGCGAACGGAUAUCUUCAUGUUUCACCUCACUUGUCUGUUCAGUCGAGCUUUAGCGUCCUGCAUGCUCUCUUCUCUUAUUGUGUGUAAGCUAGCAAAAAAUGUCUUUUAAAAAUUUAAGGCG